AUGAAAGACGUCGUACUCAUAGCAAUAGUUACGGUUAUUAUAGUGAAUGUGAAACAGACGGGUACUAUCGGUCGGGGCUCCCUCUUAGACCCCGAGGCCGAUGUGCCCAUCAAACGACUGAAUGCGGGCCACGCGACCACUCUUAAGAUACCUCUGGAGGAGUCGUUGGAGAGGAUUAGAUCCUAUCCUCACAGAAAGGAUGCGCUCAUCAGAAGCUUAGGGGCCACUGCUCUCAAACAGAGGGCCGGUAGGAAUCUUAUAUUCAGGGUACUCUUAACCAUUGGAUUUCAAAACGAUUUGACUGAAUGCACGGCACAAGUAAUGUGUGAAACAACAUGCAAUGAUGAGGUGAAUAAAGUGGCGAACAGUUAUUUCGAUACCUAUCCGACGGACGACUAUUAUGUAACUUACGUGUUGGAGGCCAUCGAAAAGGGCCGCGAGUUGGGCGCCGGAUACUCAUGUGCCAGUUGUCAAAAGUUGUACCCGUUUUGCCAAAACGACAAAACUCGCAAACAAGUGGUCGACAAAUAUUAUUAUUUGUUUGAAGUCACCAAUUAUGUGUUAGAAAAGCUGCCCUCUUAG